GUCUACGUAGAUUCAAUCUUUACUCAGUUCGAAUUGGAACGGUAUUGACGAUCGAUCGCUGUGCAUUUUCACCAAUUUUAUUGAAGUACAGAUCCUUCUACGUUUAGCGUACAAGGAUGGUUGUAGAAACGUGGAAACAGUCAGGAAUUGCAACCAAAUUUCCUACAUAUAGGAAUUCGAAACUAAUCACAACUAAAGGAUGGCUCUUGGGCAAACAAAAAGACGACGAAGCUGAAGGCUUAUGGCGAAUUUAUGAUGGAAUCUAUGUUACGGAAUUUAUAAAUAAGCACCCGGGUGGCGAGUUUUGGUUAAUCGAAUCGAAGGGUACCGACAUUACCGAAGCAUUUGAGGCCCACCAUAUUCAAGGGCCCCAGAAGUUACUUCAAAAAUAUAAAGUACGUGAUGCAAAUCAGCGCAUUUAUACCUUCACUUUGCAUGAAGAUGGAUUCUAUAAGACUUUGCGUGAACGUGUUCGUGAAACACUCAAAACUAUUGAUACCACUCCAAAGAAGAAAAGUGAUCUAAUACACUUAUCAUUAUUUGUGUCCAUAUUUAUUUUCGCUGUAUUAAGCGCGCGUCUGAAUAGUAUACUCUGCUUAGCGCUGGCCGGCACAACACUUUGUUGGACUACCAUUGCAGCGCAUAACUAUUUCCACAGGCGAGAUAAUUGGCGCAUGUACACUUUAAUAUGAGCAUGAUGAACUUCUGCUCGUGGCGCAUUUCUCAUGCACUCUCCCACCAUAUAUAUCCAAAUUCAUAUUUCGAUUUGGAAUUGUCAAUGUUUGAGCCGCUUGUUUGCUGGAUCCCCAAUCCUUAUAUAAAGAACAAGAUGAUGCGUUACCUCUCAAUUAUCACAGAGCCAUUGACCUAUUGUAUUGCUUUCCCAUUACAAA